GUCAAAGGAGACUCACCUGCUCUGAACUGUUCUCUGUCCAUCCAGCGGUGAGGACACAUCUACAACUCUCUCAAACCGCAGACCCAGACCUUCUCCCUCCUCUCAUCUCAGUGGCAGCAGUGACCUUCCCAAGAUGGCCGACAGCGACGACAGCAAGUUCCUGUUCCUGCAGAAUGACUUCAAAAACAGUGGACUGGCUCAGGCCGACUGGGCAGCCAAAAAGAUGGUGUGGGUCCCAUCGGAGAGAGAGGGCUUUGAAGCUGCCAGCGUCAAAGAGGAGCAGGGAGAACAGGUGCUGGUGGAGCUGUCAAACGGGCAGAAGACCACCGUGAGCAAAGACGACGUGCAGAAGAUGAACCCCCCGAAGUUCAGUAAAGUGGAGGACAUGGCGGCUCUGACUUUUCUCAAUGAAGCCUCUGUUCUACACAAUCUCAGAGAGAGAUACUUCUCCAGCCUCAUCUAUACCUACUCGGGCCUGUUCUGUGUGGUGGUGAACCCGUAUAAGAUGCUGCCCAUUUAUUCAGAGAAGAUCAUUGAGAUGUACAAAGGAAAGAAACGCCACGAGGUCCCUCCACACAUCUACUCCAUCACAGACAACGCCUACCGCAACAUGAUGCAAGAUCGAGAAGACCAGUCCAUCCUCUGCACAGGAGAGUCUGGAGCAGGAAAAACUGAAAACACAAAGAAGGUGAUUCAAUAUCUGGCUGUCAUCGCCUCGUCUCACAAAGGAAAAAAGGAUGCCAACCCUCAACAACCGGGAUCUCUGGCUUUUGGAGAGCUGGAGAAACAGCUUCUCCAGGCCAACCCCAUCCUGGAGGCCUUUGGGAACGCCAAGACCAUCAAGAACGACAACUCCUCCAGAUUUGGGAAGUUUAUCAAGCUGAACUUUGAUGUGACCGGUUAUAUUGUGGGAGCCAACAUUGAUACCUAUUUACUGGAGAAGUCGCGGUGUAUUCGUCAGGCUCACACAGAGAGGUCCUUCCAUAUUUUCUACUACAUGGUGGCCGGAGCGAAGGACAAGAUGAAAGAGGAUCUGUUGCUGGAGGCCUUUAACAGUUACCGGUUCCUGAUGGAAGGACACGUGGAGGUGCCGGGACAGGAGGACAAUGAGAUGUUCACAGAGACGCUGGAGGCUAUGGAGAUUAUGGGCUUCACUGAGGAGGAGAGGAUGGGGAUGCUGAAGGUGGUGUCCACAGUGCUACAGCUCGGAAACAUCAACUUCGAGAAAGAACGAAACAGUGAACAAGCCACGAUGCCCGAUAAUACUGCUGCUCAGAAAGUGUGCCACCUACAGGGCAUCAAUGUAACUGACUUCACUCGCGCCAUCCUUACUCCCAGAAUCAAAGUGGGGAGGGAAGUGGUGCAGAAGGCCCAGACCAAGCAACAGGCGGACUUUGCGGUGGAGGCACUGGCAAAGGCGAUGUACGAGCGGUUGUUUCGGUGGAUUUUAUUUCGCGUGAACAAGACUCUGGACAAGAGCAAGAGACAGGCCUCCUCUUUCCUCGGCAUCCUCGACAUCGCCGGGUUUGAGAUAUUUGAGGAUAACUCUUUUGAGCAGCUGUGUAUAAACUACACAAAUGAGCGUCUGCAGCAGCUGUUCAACCACACCAUGUUCAUCCUGGAGCAGGAGGAGUACAAGCGGGAGGGCAUCCAGUGGAAUUUCAUCGACUUUGGCCUGGACCUGCAGCCCUGCAUUGAGCUCAUCGAGAGACCGAAUAACCCUCCUGGUAUUCUGGCUCUUCUGGAUGAGGAGUGCUGGUUCCCGAAGGCCAGUGACACUUCGUUUGUGGAGAAGCUCCUGAGCACUCACUCUGGACACGUCAAAUUCUCCAAACCGAAGCAGCACAAAGACAAGCUCAUGUUCACUGUCCUGCACUACGCCGGGAAGGUGGACUAUAACGCUGCCAGCUGGUUAACGAAGAACAUGGACCCACUGAACGACAAUGUGACGGCUUUACUCAACAACUCUUCUAACAGCUUCAUCCAGGAUCUGUGGAAAGACGUGGACCGGGUGGUGGGUCUGGACACUUUGACCAAAAUGUCAGAGAGUUCUGUCCCAACGAAGUCCAAAAAGGGAAUGUUCCGCACAGUGGGGCAGCUCUACAAAGAGUCUCUGGGGAAACUCAUGACAACUCUACACAACACACAGCCAAACUUUGUCCGCUGCAUCAUUCCCAAUCACGAGAAGAGGGCCGGUAAAAUGGACGCCCCGCUGGUGUUGGAGCAGCUCCGGUGUAACGGGGUCCUGGAGGGGAUCAGGAUCUGCAGACAGGGAUUCCCAAACCGCAUCGUGUUCCAGGAGUUCAGGCAGAGGUAUGAGAUCCUGGCGGCCAAUGCGAUUCCUAAAGGAUUCAUGGAUGGAAAACAGGCCUGCUGUCUGAUGGUGAAGCACUUGGACCUGGACCCAAACCUGUUCCGGAUCGGUCAGAGUAAAAUGUUCUUCAGGACCGGAGUCUUGGCUCAGCUAGAGGAAGAGCGCGACCUCAAACUCACUGUCGUCAUCAUUGCAUUCCAGGCUCAGGCCAGAGGCUUCCUCGCCAGAAAGGCAUUCUCUAAGCGCCAGCAGCAGCUCACGGCCAUGAAGGUGAUCCAGAGAAACUGUGCCUGUUAUUUAAAACUGAAGAACUGGCAGUGGUGGAGGCUCUUCACUAAGGUGAAGCCGCUGCUGCAGGUGACCCGACAGGAAGAGGAAAUGGGUCAAAAGGAGGAGGAGCUAAAGGCAGCGAGAGAGGCGGCGGCUAAAGCGGAGGCGGAGCUUAAAGACAUCACACAGAAACACACCCAGUUGGUGGAGGAGCGUGCUGCUCUGGAGAUAAAGCUGCAGACAGAGACAGAACUGUACACGGAGGCCGAGGAGAUGAGACUGAGGCUGGAGGCCAAACACAAGGAGCUGGAGGAAGUGCUCAAGGAGAUGGAGGUCCGACUGGAGGAAGAAGAGGAGAGAGCCAACUCUCUGCACGACCACAAGAAGGAGCUAGAGCAGCAGCUACAGCACGCGGAGGCUCAUAUCGCGGAGCAGGAGGACGCAUUCCAGAAACUUCAGAUGGAGAAAAAUUCUUUAGAUGCAAAAGUGAAGAAGACGGAGGAGGAGAUUCUGAUGAUGGACGACAACAACAACAAACUGCAGAAGGAGAAGAAGUUACUGGAGGAGCGACUCGCCGACAUGACUUCAAAUUUAGCAGAAGAAGAAGAAAAGUCCAAGAACUUAACUAAACUCAAGACCAAACAUGAGUCUAUGAUCUCCGAGCUGGAGGUGCGGUUGAAGAAAGAGGAGAAGAGUCGUCAGGAUGUGGAGAAGGCGAAGAAGAAGUUGGAGGCGGAGCUCGGAGAGACGCAGGAGCAGAACAACGACCUCCUUAGACAACUGGAGGAGCUGAGAGCGCAGCUUACAGCCCGGGAGGAGGAACUGCAGGCAGUCAACGCACGACUGGAGGAGGAGAGUUCCCAGCGUGCGCUGACAAUGAAGAAGGUCCGAGAGCUGGAGGGUCUCCUGUCUGAACUGCAGGAGGACCUGGAGAAGGAAAGAUCUCAGAGGAACAAAACCGAAGCCCAGAGACGAGAGUUGGAGACAGAGCUACACCAUCUGAGGACCGAGCUGGAGGAUAGUCUGGACACUACAGCAGCACAACAGGAGCUAAGGGCAAAGCGUGAACAGGAAGUGAUGAUGCUGAAGAGGGCAAUGGAGGAUGAAGGACGUGCUCGUGAAGCUCAAAUACAAGAAAUGAGACAGAAACACAACCAGAGCCUGGAGGAGAUGAGUGAGCAACUGGAGCAGGCCAAGAGGGUACGUUCCAGUGUGGAGAAGACCAAGCAGGCUCUGGAGAAGGAGGCGUCUGAGAUGAGAGCCGACCUCCAGUCUCUAUCCAGCGCCAAACAGGAAGUGGAACACAAGAAGAAAAAGGUCGAAGGUCAACUGAGCGACCUGCAGAUGAGGUUCAACGAGGGCGAGCGACAGAGGAACGAGCUGGGAGAGAGAGUCAACAAGAUGGCUAUGGAGCUUGACUCAGUGAACAGUUUACUGAAUGAAGCUGAAAGCAAAAACAUCAAACUGAGCAAAGACGUGGCAAGCCUCAACUCCCAACUGCACGACGUUCAGGCAUUGUUGGAGGAGGAGAGCCGUCAGAAGCUCAAUUUCUGCGGGCGUCUGCGUCAGAUGGAGGAGGAGAGGAGCAGUCUGAUAGAGCAGCUGGAGGAGGAGACUGAAGCCAGACAGAGCUCAGAGAGACAACUGAGCGGACUCAACAGCCAGUUGUCAGAUCUGAAGCGGCGUCUGGAUGAGGCGCUCUCCUCUGUGGAGUCUUUGGAGGAGCAGAAGAAGCGUCUGCACAGAGACCUGGAUCAGGCCCAGACCGAGGCCCAGGAGAAGGCCUCAUCUCUGGACAAACUGGAGCGGAGCAGGGUUCGUCUGCAACAGGAGCUGGAGGAUGUCCUGAUGGAGCUGGAGACGCAGAGACAGCUCUCAGCCAGCCUGGACAAGAAACAGAGACGCUUCGACCAGCUUCUGUUGGAGGAGCGUGCAGUCUCGAGCAGGACUGCAGAGGAAAGAGACCGAGCGGAGGCCGAGGUGAGAGACCGAGAGACCAGGAUCCUGGCCUUGACCAGGACCCUGGAGGAGACACAGGGGGCGCUACAGGAUUCCGACCGCAACAUGAGAAGUCUGAGGGCAGAGAUGGAGGAACUGCUCAGCUCCAAGGACGAUGUGGGCAGAAACGUUCACGAUCUGGAGAAGGUGAAGCGCGGUCUGGAGAUGAUGCUGGAGGAGAUGAGGACUCAGAUGGAGGAGCUGGAGGAUGAGCUGCAGGCCUCAGAGGACAGUAAGCUCAGAGCAGAGGUGACUCUGCAAGCUCUGAAGACACAACAGGAGAGAGAACUACAGGCCAGAGACGAAAGCGCUGAGGAGAGGAGGAGAGGACUGCUCAAACAGGUUCGAGAGCUGGAGGAGGAGCUGGAGGAUGAGAAGAAACAGAGAAAUCAGGCUUCUGCAGCGAAGAAGAAGCUGGAGUCAGAGCUGAGGAGCACCGAGGAGCAACUGGAGGUGGCCACCAGGGGGCGUGAGGAGGCUGCCAAACAGUUCAGAAAGAUGCAGGGCCAGUUGAAGGACCUGCAGAGGGAGCUGGACGAGUCGGUUGUGGCCCACAGAGAAGUGUCGUCUUCGGCUCGAGAAACAGAGAGAAGACUGAAGGCUGCGGAGGCCGAGCUCACACAACUGCACGAGAUGCUGUCUGUGGCUGAACGAGCUCGGAAACAGGCGGAGGGAGAGAGAGAUGAGCUGCAAGAAGAGCUGACCUCCAACUCCUCUGGAAAGUCUGUAUUUGGUGAAGAGAGGCGGCGUUUUGAGAGUCGGAUCUCUCAGCUCGAGGAGGAACUGGAGGAGGAGCAGAACAACGUGGAGAGUCUGAACGAAAGACUGCGCAAGUCACAACAAAUGGUGGAGCAGCUCGGGGCAGACCUGGCCUCAGAGCGUCUCUCGUCUCAGGGCAGAGAGUCGUCACGGCAACAGCUGGACAAACAGAACAGGGAGCUGAAAGCACGGCUGCAGGAGCUGGAGGGACAGGGCCGCUCCAAACUCAAGGCCUCUGUCGCCGCCCUGGAGGCCAAACUGAGAGACGCACAAGAGCAGCUGGAGGCAGAGAGCAGGGAGCGUCAGAACAACGCCAAGAGCCUCCGCCAGAAAGAGAAGAAGCUCAAAGACCUCAGUGUUCAAAUGGAGGACGAGAGGAAGCAGGCGCAGCAGUACAAGGACCAGGCGGAGAAGGGAGCAGUGCGUCUGAAGCAGCUGAAGCUGCAGUUGGAGGAGGCGGAGGAGGAGGCUCAGCGUGCAGCCGCCGCUCGGAGGAAACUACAGAGGGAGCUUGAGGAAGCUAACGAAGCUAAAGAGGCUCUGAACGAAGAAGUGUCUUCUCUCAGGGGAAAACUCAGGCGAGGCGGCGGCGGCACCGACUCCGGCUUCGUGCCCGCACCCUCCCCUCGCGUUUCCAUGGUGACGGCAGGUGUGAGCGGAGGCUACAGACCGAUGGGUGGGGUCAGCUUCAGGCCCCGCCCAAAGCAGAACUCAGUGGAUUCAGAGGAAGAGGUGCGAGACAUGGCUCCAAGACACCGACACGAAGAAGAAGAAGACUACUACGAUGAAGACGAGAUGGAGCAGUGAGCGUGGGAUUCAAGAUGGCCGCUGUUUAUUUACACUUUUGAAUGUCCUUUAUGUUGUACUUGUAUUUUAUUCCCAAGAAAAAAACACACAUAUUUUCUUAAAUGUGCACUGUUUUUGCUUUGUCUGGAAUGUUUCACAGUAUGAUAUUAAACCUUUCUAUCUUCAUGUAAACCAAACCAGACCAAGUUACUGAUCUGUGGAGAGGCAAUCCCGCUCACAGUCAGAAUACCAGCUUUUCUAGGUAUUUUUGAGCACCUGUAACUGAGUAAAUGUAAGGUAGAGCUGUUUAAUGUCAUAUUGUGGAACAUUUUAAGCAGAGCCAUAAAAAUAAAAAGGUGACCGACUCCCUACCGAAAAGUUACAUAGUGCACCUAAAGGAGACAGGCAUACUAAGCUAAAUUGACUGAUACUUUGCAUCUGAUCAUUAAAAUUACUUGGGGGCGUGAUUAUAACUGUAGGCACUGCUCUGUCUGAAUCUUUUUCACUUCAGUCUGAUUUUAAUUUUAAUACAAUCUGAACUAUAACAGGUAAUCUGAUUUGUGCUGAUUUGCAGACAAUCUUGACACUUUUUUAUGCUGGGUUUGCUGCGUGCAUUGUGUCACCGUGGUAACUCCUCAACAUUCCUCAACCCUCGUAUACUGUGGUCCGAAGCAAGAAAAAUGAUAAAAAAUUGCUGAAGGCUUUUUGUCGAAAGGUUACUUACAAAUUAAAAAAAGCUUCUGGACAUCGGCAGGGACAGACUGGGACCAAAAAACAGCUGUGGACUUUUGGGAUUUGUAUUAGCUCUCUGCUGUUAGUUCGGUCGACAGCCAUUUGACCAGAUGGCCGUUCUAGACUUUUCCAAAACGCACAGAUUGCCAGUCCGACCUUGGACAUCGGCCAUCUGAGUGAGCUAUGCAUUUUUUCGCUUUUAACUUGCUGCUCCUUGCAUUUGCACCUCUUCAAGAACUUUGGUGUGCGGUUUUGUUUCAUUUAACUCUUCAACAUUCCACCAUAGACACACAUCCCCCAGCAUGAUGUCACUGCGAAGUAUCAAUUGUGGGUGGGGUUUUCUUUGUGUUUUUUUUACCAUGUGGCAAUGUUUUAUCAUCAAAAAGUGACUGCGCUAUGUAAUUCUAAUGUUUUACCAGCAGAGGGCGCAAGGACUUAUCAAGCAGUAAUCACAACUCUUGACUUCUCCUUUACAAUCCGUAUCAUUUAGAAAACAUGAAAUUUCAGGUAUUUAUAAUUAAAAUAUGCAGAAUAUAACAAAUAUAGCAGAAUAUGUCUCCUUUAAAGGUGCAUUGCACAACUUGGAGGGUCCACCACCCGCUUGCCUCCAUGGAAAUGUUAUUGCUUUGUCUAGAAUGUUCCACAGAUUAAACCUAUCUAUCGCAAGGGAGACAAGCAGGUUACAACACUAUGCUACAUUACAGUUCAGAUCUGUGGAGAGUCGCUCUUAGUUCACAGAAGGGAUUACUGUAUUUUUGAGCAAUAAACACCAGUCAUGAAUAAAUACAAAAUGGAUAAGUUUAAAGUCAUACUAUGGAAAAUUUCAGGCAAAGCAAUAACAUCUCCAUGGAAAGAAACAGGAAGUGGACCCCCCACCAGAAAAAUUACACAGUGCGCCUUUAAGUCACAGGUUUUAUUUCCAAUAGACAGGCCCAACGUGCAUUUUAUAAUAAAACAUAAAUUAUAUAACUUUAAACUUUCAAACGGGCUUUUUUAAGUGAAAUUAUAAUUUAUUUGAACAGAAAGCACUUAAAAUAUUUGUAUUUCACAUAAAUUAUUCUUGUGUUGUCAAAUGUAUUUUAU